GGUCCUUGUGCAGCAGCGGCGGCUGAGCAGGUGGCUGGUGCGGGCUAGAGCGGGCCGGGGAGGUGCAGCGGCCACCCCACUGCGCCGGACCCAGGUGGCACACGUAGGAUCGCCGGCUCCGGCAGCUCAGUGUGAGGGAGUGAACUCAGUUUGCUUCAGAGCGUCCUCACCAUGACCUCCAAGAAGCUGGUGAACUCGGUGGCGGGCUGUGCGGACGACGCGCUCGCUGGCCUGGUGGCCUGCAACCCCAACGUGCAGCUCCUGCAGGGCCACCGCGUGGCACUCCGCUCCGACCUGGACAGCCUCCGGGGCCGGGUGGCGCUGCUGUCGGGUGGGGGCUCCGGCCACGAGCCCGCCCACGCUGGUUUCAUAGGGAAGGGGAUGCUGACAGGGGUCAUCGCCGGCGCCGUGUUCGCCUCCCCGGCAGUGGGCAGCAUCCUGGCGGCCAUCAGGGCCGUGGCCCAGGCGGGCACAGCGGGAACCCUCCUCAUCGUGAAAAACUACACCGGGGACCGCCUCAACUUCGGCAUCGCCCUGGAGCGGGCCCGGGCUGAGGGCAUCCCUGUGGAGAUGGCGGUCAUCGGGGACGACAGCGCCUUCACGGUCCUGAAGAAGGCGGGCAGGCGGGGGCUCUGCGGCACGGUCCUCAUCCACAAGGUGGCUGGCGCCCUGGCUGAGGCAGGCGUGGGGCUGCAGGAGAUCACGGAGCGGGUGAGCGCAGUCGCCAAGAACAUGGGCACCCUGGGAGUGAGCUUGUCCUCCUGCAGCGUCCCUGGCUCCACACCCACCUUCCAGCUCUCUGCCGAUGACGUGGAGCUGGGCCUCGGCAUCCACGGGGAAGCUGGCGUGCGCCGGAUUAAGAUGGCCACGGCUGACGAGAUCGUGACGCUCAUGCUGGACCACAUGACCAGCCCCUCCAACGUGUCCCGCGUGCCCGUGCAGUCUGGCUCCUCCGUGGUGCUGGUGGUCAACAACCUGGGGGGCCUGUCGUUCCUGGAACUGGGCAUCAUCGCCGACGCUGCCAUCCGCACCCUCGAGGGCCGCAGGGUGAAGAUUGCGCGUGCCCUGGUGGGCACCUUCAUGUCAGCCCUGGAGAUGCCUGGCGUUUCUCUCACCCUUCUGCUGGUGGAUGAACCCCUCCUGAAACUGUUAGAUGCUAAAACCAACGCUGCAGCCUGGCCUAAAGUGGCCAGGGUCUCUGUGACCGGGCGGCAGCGGAGCCGGCCAGCCCCCGCUGAGCCCCCGGAGGCCCCGGACUCCAGCGCCACAGGAGGCUCAGCCUCAAAGUGCAUGGUGCCCGUGCUGGAGCGGGUGUGCAGCACCCUCCUCGGCCUGGAGGAGCAGCUCAACGCCCUGGACCGCGCUGCGGGCGAUGGGGACUGUGGCACCACCCACAGCCGUGCCGCCAGAGCGAUCCAGGGAUGGCUGAAGGCAGGUCCGCUCCCUCCCAGUCCUGCCCAGCUCCUCUCCAAACUGUCUGUCCUGCUACUGGAGAAGAUGGGGGGUUCUUCUGGGGCACUCUACGGCCUGUUCCUGACAGCAGCAGCCCAGAGCCUCAAAGCCAAGACUGACCUCCCAGCCUGGUCUGCUGCCAUGGACGCUGGCCUGGAAGCCAUGCAGAAGUACGGACAGGCUGCCCCGGGGGACAGGACAAUGCUGGAUUCUCUAUGGGCUGCAGGACAGGAGCUCCAAGCCUGGAAGAGUCCAGGGGCUGACCUGUUCCGCACCCUGACCAAAGCAGUCAAGAGUGCAGAAGCUGCCGCCCAGGCCACCAAGAACAUGGAGGCGGGAGCCGGAAGGGCCAGUUACAUCAGCUCUGCGCGGCUGGACCAACCAGACCCUGGGGCCGUGGCAGCUGCAGCCAUCCUCAGAGCCGUCCUGGAGGCCCUGCAGAGCCAGGGGGAGUGAGGGCCUCCAGCCUGGGUGCACCUCCGUGCUGUGCAGAGGGGCACGGUCACCGCCUGUCUCCCAGCGGUCACCUUCCCUGGUGGCUCGUGCCCAGGGCCGGUCCUCUGAGUUCAGCAGGAACUCUCCGGAGCUCCUGCCAGGCCCUCCCUGGGCCAGGCGCCUCUUAGGCACAGCCCGUCUGGCCCGUUCCUUGUCAGGGACAGUGGAGUCCCCGGGGCUCCCUGCCCGGCUCUGGGCUGCAGCCAUUAGGCAUUUCCCCGGGGCGGCGCCGCCUUGAACCUGCCCUGCGUGUUUGGCUUUAAGACUCCCUAGAAAGACCUUCAGCGCCAGUGUGGAAAGCGGCUAAUAAAUCACAUCGCA